AUGGAUGCGGGCAUCGCGGCUGUUGUCGUCUUGGCAAACACGGUGGCCAGCAAGCUGUACAUGAGCUUGGCCUUUCGUGCAAGGCUGCUAUCGGCAAGCUCUUCGGAGGAGAGGAAGGAGAUCCUUGAGAGCAUUGCCUUCAAGAAUGCGAGCAGCGCUCAGCUCAAUGAGGCUGAGUAUUCGCCACUCUUUUUUGCUGGGCUCUGCUUCCUGAAGCUGCGCCAGAGGAAUUGCCCUUUGACGGCCCUGCUGGGGGCGGUCAGUGGACCUACAUACAUGUGGGGCCGAGUGUGCAUUGGACGGCAGGGAGCGGUAGUUGGGUCUCUCCUGCGCUACACCGGCUUGCUGCUUCUGCUUUGGAACAUCUACCUCGCCGUAUAG